AUGUGGCCGAACCGAGUCUAUUACGACGUUCCUUACAACACGUAUACUUAUCAGACACCCACCUACCAAGUGCCUACUUAUUAUAAUUACACUCCCUAUCAAUACGGAGAUCAGUUCUAUCAACAACCGCCAUCAGAUUAUUAUUAUCAACAACAACAGCAACAAGCUUACUAUGAGCAGCAACAGAGACAAGCGUACUAUGAAGAACAACAGCGACAACAAGCUUACUAUGAGCAGCAACAGAGACAAGCGUACUAUGAAGAUCAACAGCGACAACAAGCUUAUUAUCAGCAACAGGAGUAUUAUAGACAACAGCAACUGGAGAAAGAGGAACGAGCACGUCAGCAAGAAGAACGUCUGCGGCAGCAAUUGCAAGAGCAACGCCGACAACUUACCUUCACUCCUAAACCACAAAUAACAUACAAACAGCAGAGGCCAGUUGUCGACAAUACCGCCGCAGAAUAUCGUGCGAUCGAAAGAGAUUAUGAAAAUAAAACAGAUGCUGUCGAUUCCUUUGUUCAGCAGAAGGCUAAUAACUUAGGCAACUUUGGUGGAAAGGUACUCAACCAAAUGGAUGUACUAAAAACCGAAGGAGAAAUGGAUGAUGUGGAAGCACUACUAAAUAGUAGUUCAGAAGGUCUCAAAUCCACAGCCAGUGAAGCGUGUGAUCAAAUAAGAGCCUAUGAUGAAAGUAUAAAACCAGUUCCAGGUGAAAAACACUAUCCGAAGAAAAUGGAAGAAUAUAAAGUUUUUCGUGAACAUGCACUAGACGGAAUCGAAAUCCUUGAAACUAAAUCAGAAGGUAUUCUUACAAAGUUAAUGAAUACAUUUCAACGUGCUAAAUCGUGGAUAGCAAACAAAGCUAAACAAGUUUAUACAGGAGUUAAAAGUUUUUUUAAAGGAGUGUAUGGUAAAUUAAAAGGGUGGUUCUCCUAA